AUGCGGGUGCAACGUCCUCGUCUUAUUUCGCGUCUCAGAAUAGAUACGUCUCGUCUGUGGCGCUGGGUUUUUCCAAUCGUUAUCUUAACUGGUCGUGAGGUCAUUAUUUGUACGAAUAAUAUUCUCCCGUCGGCUGCCGUCGUCGCAGGGCGUUCCUCGUUUUCGUAUUUUGUUCCAGUUCGUUUUGGACAGUUCAGAAUAUUCUCGUUUUUUCGGUGCCGCAAAUGGCCGAACUCGAUUUUGCCCGUCCAUGAUUCCGGCUCAGAAAAGUCGCCCGUUUACAAUCCGCCGUUGAAAACCACCGGACCGGUAGCCACUGUAGUCGGCACAUUACUUUUCGAUUCGGCCGUCCGUCGGCGUUUUCCGUUUUUGCGAGUGAAAAAUUGCAUUGUAGUCGGAGAAAAGUUCCACUUGAGAGCGGACAUGGCGGACAACACGGUCGUCGGCGCCGUCUGCGAAGAUUUCGAAAAAGGCUGCUCCGUAUCGGCAAAGGUCGACUUUGUGGACGGAUUCGAAAAUCCGGUGUCUUGGCACAAGAGGUACAAGAUUCGCAGCGAUCAGUCGGACGUACUGUUCGACAACCUGGACAUGAAAUCCAUCACCCUAAGCCAGUACGGCGCUGAGAUCGACAGACUCCCCGAGUUCAUCAAAUGGAAACUAUUUGGUUAUAACAUAGUCAUAUGUUAUGAAUAUAUUGCUGAAGGAAAGGCAAACAAAGCUUUAGAAAUUAUUGGUGAAAUUGAAAACAUUUUAAAAUGUAUUGGAAGUAAUGAUAUCUUCUUGAAAUCUAUUAAGAUAGCUCUCAAUCACAUUACAUUUUCAAUGAAAGGUUAUUUGUUGAAAUUGUGUUCAAAUGAAACUAAGGAAUUGGAGCAUUUUAUUAUGCCAAAUAACAUGAACAAUGCCAAUAAAGCUGGAUUAUUUGGUAUUCAAACAUUAUUCUUUUAUGAGUAUGGUUUAUCUAGUGCACAAAUAGCAAAAGAUUGUGCACUCAAAGCAUUAUCGCUAAAUGGAACUGAAGCUGAAUGGUAUUAUUUAAUGGCUAAAGUAUUAACGAACUGGCAAAGAACAUGUGGAAAUUAUUUUGAAUGUUCUGAACAAGAAAUUACAGCAGCUGAAAUGGCUGUUAAACUUGGUAACAAGGAUCACCAUAAAUUGCAUUUAAUUCAUAUAUAUCAUCGGAUGAGUAAAAACAUGAAUAAAAAUAUAAAUGCCAAAAAUAAAAUUCUAGAAGAAGCAUUAAGAUUACUAAUUGAAGUAAUAGACAAUACAAAAGAUUUGCUUUUGCUAAAAAGUUGUUUACUUAGCUUAUCGAAAUUUGGUCAAUAUAAAGAGUAUAACAAUGAUAUUACUAUCAUCUUGGAUCAACUUAUUGAAGCAUUAGAGCAUAGUGAUAAUGGUUAUGUUCAUGGAGCAAUUGGAAACUACUAUUUGUUUAAUAAAAAGGAUUAUAAAAAGGCCAAUUUUCAUCUUAAGAAAGCUUAUGAUGUCAAAAGCUUUGGUAGUUCUAUUGACUACAUUUAUACAUUCUUUAAAAUUAAUUCAGAAACAGCGCCAAUAGAACCAAUGAUGGUGGACUUGUUAAAAUCAUUUCCUCAUCCUGUUCACCAAGAAAAACUUCUAAGUCAAAUUAUUUCAUAUUUACUUCUAACAAAGAAUGAUCUCAUACGAGCACUCAAAUACAUUCCAAUGUUAUUGAACAUUAAAAAUGUAACAAGUGUAUAUAGUUUGCAGACACAUAGAACCAAGUUUAGUAAUUAUACUAUAGAAGUUAAUUUGCUAGAUGUUUUGUCCGAGAAACUCUCUGUAGCUUCAAGAAAUACAACUUUGUCAACAGAUGAUCAAAAAAGAGUUACAGAAGUUAUGGAAAUGUUAGAAUCAUAUAAAUUAUAUGUUUCGAGUUUGAUGAAAAAAAAGGAACACAUUUUUGGAAACAAAGUUAUAAACAAUACUAAAGGAGGUAAAGCUAGAACUGCAUCAUAUAGUGACGACAGAGAACGUAAAGAAUCGUGGACGCAUAACAAUUAUAAGCAGGUUGUGAAUCCUGUGAAGAAUAAGGAUGAAGAUAAUUGGAGGACUUUAAAACCGGAUUCUACUCCAAAAACUACAAUUUUUAUGCGUAAUAACCCAUCUCAUAUAAAAAAACCAUGGUAUGGAAAUCAAGAUAACUUAUAA